AGCUGCAUUUGGAACUCAACAAUGGCUGCAAAGCUUCUUAGCCUCUUGCUUUUCUGUUCGCACUCUCUGCUUCAGCUUAACUUCUCCGCCGGUCAGAAUGUUGUUAGAGCUGCCUAUUGGUCUGCAGACAGUGGAUUUCCAGUUCCCGACAUAGAUUCCACACUUUUCACUCAUCUUUUUUGUGCAUUUGCUGAUCUUGAUUCUCAAACCAACCAAGUCACCGUUUCCUCGGCAAACCAGGCCCGAUUCUCCACCUUCACUGAGACUGUCCAACUGAAAAAUCCUUCCAUUAAAACACUCCUUGCAAUCGGUGGGGGGAGUUCAUCGGCGUCAGAUUUCGCUUCCAUGGCUAGCCAAGCUAAUACCCGGAAAUCAUUCAUUGAUUCGUCCAUAAAGCUAGCUAGAUCUAAUAGCUUUCAUGGCCUUGACCUUGAUUGGGAAAACUUAUCAACGCUUCCUCAAAAGACCAACUUGGGUUUACUUCUCCAAGAAUGGCGAGCAGCUGUGGAUAAAGAAUCCACCACUACUGGCAACUCAAAAUUACUUCUUUCAGCAGCACUACCUUUCCGCAACUCGGAUUAUCCAAUCCAGGCUAUACAAAAUAGCCUGGACUGGAUCAAUGUGAUGGCUUAUGAUUUUAACGCCCCUGGAAGGUCGACUGUAACCGGACCUCCUGCAGCAUUAUAUAAUCCUGGAACUCAAUUGAGUGGGGAUUAUGGGAUCAGAUCAUGGACACAAUCAGGGUCAGGGAUUCCGCCCAAUAAAUUAGUUCUUGGGCUUCCCUUUUACGGCUAUGCCUGGCGGCUUGUGGAUGCAAAUAAUCAUGGGUUUUCUGCACCGGCUAGUGGACCGGCUGUAUCGCCGAAGGGAGAACUGGGUUACGGUCAGAUCAAGAAUUUUUUUUCCGCUAACAGAGGCACGAAAGUUUACGACGCGGCAGUUGGUUCGAAUUAUUGUUACGCUGGGACGACAUGGAUUGGUUAUGAUGAUACGGAAAGCAUUAGAGCUAAGGUUUCUUACGUUAAACAAAAUGGGUUGCUUGGUUACUUCGCAUGGCACGUUGGCGCAGACGAUGACGGUCGGACUCUCUCGAAAGCAGCAGCAACGGGAUCUUGAGGAUUGUAAAUGACAAUUGCCUGAAGUAACGAAGAUACUAAAUAAGAAUGACCGCCAAAUUUUUAGAAAGUUUUAGCUUGAAACUAGUUACUGACUGAAUAUACGUAUAAUGAAACUAGCUUAUGUUAUACGUAGUACUUCUUGAAUGGUAUAUAUGCAAUAUUAUUUACUUUAAAUAUACAAAUGGUCACUAAAUUAAAAAUUAUGUUUAUUUUCAUCUAUCAAAAAUUACAUUACGAUCACCAGCUUUACUAUUUUAA